CGUACGCGUCCUGUGUAUUGCGUAUGUGACACACAGAGGUCGAUACUGACAAAUUUCUUGUCACAUGCUGGUUCCGCCUGCACUCUACUUUGAUUGGCCUCACCACGUGAUCAUGUAAAAUGAAGCUCAGCGAGGAGGGGAUGAAGAAGGAAAAUACACACGUUUUUUGGUUAUUGUGGUGAAAGGGAUUUUUCUGAGGAGCUGUCAGAUGUGAUCAUGGAGGAAAAAUUGGAGAAUAUUAAUCCCAAGUUGUAUGUAAAGAGUGGGGAGAGACUGCUAACUGUGGACGAUGAGGAUGAGGACGUCGUUGAUGAGUUUGAUGCCAGGGAAAUUUUCGACCUGAUCAAGAAUAUUAAUGAUCCUGAGCAUCCACUCACGUUGGAGGAGCUACAAGUCGUUGAGGAGAGACUCAUUCAGGUGGAUAAUAAGAAAAACCUCGUUGAUGUGAAAUUCACCCCGACAAUCCCCCACUGCAGCAUGGUAACCCUUAUUGGUCUCUCCAUAAGAGUUAAGUUACUCCGAGCCCUUCCCUCUCGUUUCAAAGUAAAUGUAGAAGUGAAUCCUGGAACCCAUAGUUCUGAAGCAGCAGUAAACAAACAAUUAGCAGAUAAAGAACGAGUUGCAGCAGCUCUUGAAAAUAAUCACCUCGUAAGAGUGAUAAAUCAGUGCGUGACUGUCAGGAAUUAAUUAAGAAACCAUGUUUAUUUUUAGAUAAGAAAUAUAAAUACAGAUGAGAAUGAG